AUGAUUAGUGAUAGUAAUAUUCAAACAAUAUUUAGAUAUUUACCACCACAGUAUUAUCUUUCUUUUAUUGCAAUUAAUAAAAGAUAUCAAAAAGUUAUUGAAGAAAAAGGAGAUUUAAUGAUAAUUAAUAAAACAAUGCUUAAAAUGAAAAAAGUUAAUACUUUAACAAUUUAUGGAGACUAUGAAAAUGAAACAUUACCUAAUAGUUGUAAUGAAUUAAUAUUAUUAGGAAAUUUUAAAUCAUUUCAAGUUAGUAAAUUAAUACAAAAAUAUAAUUUAAAAAAAUUAAUUUUAAAUGGUAUUGAAUGUAAUACAAUGGCUGAAUUUAAACAUAUUAAUCAAUUACUUGGAUUACAAACAUCUUUAACUAAACUUCAAUAUUCUUUUCCUCCAACUGAUCCUUCAUUAUUAUAUUUAACUUCAUUACAACAUCUUCAAUCAUUACACGUUCGUUUAAUUCCUCGUAUUAUUCCAAUUAUUACUAAAUUUCAAUCACUUCAAUCUUUAACAAUUAAUUUUGGAGCUCAAAGUAUUGUUAAAAUUACUGAAGAUAAUAAUGGAAUUAAUCCUUUUAAUUCUCUUUCUGUAUUACUUGGUUUAACUUCAAUGAAAAUUAUUGCUGAUUCUAUUAAACAAUUAAAUUCUUUAAGUGAAUUAACUAGUAUUAAGAAUCUUCAUAUUUUAGAUCUUCUUGAAGUUAAUAUCUCUAAUGCUCCUAAGUUAAUAUUUUUAACUAAAUUACGUCAUUUAAAAACUGUAUUUUUACGUGUUAAAUCAUCAAUUACUUCACCAUUAGAUUUAGCUACUUAUUUUAAGAUGCCAUCUAUUUUUAAAUUAUCAAUUUCAUCAUUUAAUCAUGAUUUUGAAGCUUUUAAAUCUUUUGAACCAAUAGAAAAAAUUUCUAAACAUUGUUCUGGUGAAAUAGAUUCUAUGACUUUUUGGAGAAAUACCUCUCAAUUAGAUAAAGUAUUACCUCUUAUUAAUUCUAUGUGUAUAGUUAAAAGUUUAAGUAUUACUUCAUGUCCUAAUAUUUCUAAUAUUGCAUUAAAUUCUUUUGAAUUAGAAUCUUUACGUUCAUUAACUAUUUCUCAAUGUCUUAAAAUCAAAUCAUUUGAUUUUUUGAAUAAAUGUAGUGUUUUAACUUCACUUGAAUUAACUAAAAUUCCUUUUGAUCAACUUUCUAUUCUUCAAUCACUUUCUACUCUUUCUCUCAUGUCUCUUUCAAUUGGAAUGAUUAAAGAAUUUGAUGUAUCUAUUCUUUCUUCUUUUCAUUCUCUUCUUUCUCUUUCAUUGAAUACUAUUCCUUGUUUAAAGAAUUUGGAGAAAACUCCUCAAUCAAUCAUGAGACUUACUAUUGAAAAUUGUAAUGACUUUUGUUUGUGUGACAUCUGUCAUUUACCUCAAUUACAUGAAGUUAUUUUAAAUUCAAUCCCAUCAUCUAAUUCUCUUGUCUUUGUGAGUUCUUUAAAUAGUUUAACUCGCUUAGAUAUUAUUGCUUUAAAAGAUUGUAAAUUUGGAAACAAUGAAUUAUUUGGUAUCACUGGAAGUAAUUCAUUACGUAUUCUUGUCGUUAAAGAUAUUCCAACAUUCACUAUUGAUGUUAUGAAUAUUAUCAAUGAAGCUCUUCCCAAUCUUAGAAUCAUCGCUUGA